AUGACGCAAGACCUCACUUCUCACCUCCUCCGAGCCUACUUCACCGCAACAGAUUGGGACCCAACGCAGUCUUACCUGCACCUCACAUCGUCGUCGUCCUCGAUCCUCCUCGACUUCCCCAUCCCAGCGGGUCUGUCCCUCUCCCUCUCCUCGUGCUCCUCCCCCUCCACCUUCUACUCUACACAUAGACUACGAGCCCUCCCUCAUCUCGCCGGCUCGCUGGGCUAUGUCUUCGCGCGGACCGAACGGCCCCUAGACCUCGAGGGUGUGGCGGGACCUGCAUCCUCGCCUCCCGACGAGCAUGGCAGCAAUGAUAGACUACAAAGUGUACUGGAGCGAUUUCGCAUCGUCAACGAGCCGCGUCUCCCGUCCACUUCCUCGGCGUCGUCUUCGCGACCUGGCAGGGACUACCUCCUCUACGGAAGCUUGCACGCCCCCUCCUCCCGCCUCGACGCUUUAUACACAACGCGGCUCAGCCCUGCAUGGAACCUCAUCCUCACCGCCUGCUCCUUCCCACCGCGAAGCCACAGCUACGCUCCCGCCUACAUGGGAGGCGCAGGCGCAGGCGCAGUUGGCGGGACGGGCGAGGGAUCCAGCUCAGCGGUAGCGGCGCAAGGCCCUACGGCUCCAGGGGCGACGAAUCUUCAGGUGACGGUACAGAACGAUACGGGGCGAUGGUUCAACGAGUGGAGCUAUAGUGUCGAUGAUGCGCUCUGGGGAUUCAGGACUAUGCAUCACUUCGGACCCAGUAGCAGGGGACACAACACCGCCAGCGAUGUGGAUACCAGUAGUCCCUCGCACUUCUCCUCCUCCUCCUCCUCCUCCUCCUCCUCCGUCGGUCCAGGGCUGCGCGGUCGUUUCUCCGCUGGUGGCGAGCUCUUCUUCUCGGCGGCAGAAAAGAGUGCUGGCCUCUCCACGGGAGUACGUUUCACUACCCUGCCCGAGCCGCACGCCUAUGUUGGGGGUGCACCGCCGAGCCAGCCGCCUACGACGAUCACGGCUACGCUGAACCCGAUGAUGGGGCAUAUGAGCACGGCCUACGCCGCUCAGCUGGGCAGGGAUGUGGUGUGCUGCUCGAGGUAUGACUUCAACGUCUACUCGUACGAGAGUGAGUUGACCGUUGGUGGGGAGUUUUGGUUGCGGGGUGGGGGUAGGGGCACUGUGAGCGCGGCGGAGAAGGUGUUGGGCGUGGAGAAGGGAUACGAGCGCGGGUUGGUGGCAGCCACGAGGGAGGCGUCGCUGCGGGGCGUAACGGCGCCGCAGGCUAGCACCAGCGCAACGCAGAGUAGCGCCCCUCGUACGGAGAGGGAGCCCGUACCCGACUCGUCGCGCAACGCUUCUCUCCGGGACGUACCCGUGCCCGUAGCCGUGGAGCAGAUCAGCAAGCCAGCAACGUCAGCACCGCCAUCACCGCCAUCACCGCCAUCACCGCCAUCACCGCCAUCACCCAGCGUUCCCUCUCCCCUCACCCCGUCCUACCACUCGCGCACCACCGUCUCCCCACCAGGCUUCCACGCGCCGACCUACCUCCCCGUUCCGCCCACCAGUUCAUCAACGGACACCACAUCACAACCUCGCGCCCUGCUCAAGUCCUCUCUCAACCUCUCCACCUUACUCCUCUCCCUCCUCUACCAAGGCUCCCUCUCCAACGGCUGUAUAGUUCGCGUGGGGCUGCGCGUUGACUUGCUGCGAGGCGCGGGAGCGAGUGGAGUGGGUGGGCAGGGGAAGAAGAAGGGUGGUGGAGAGGCUGGUGGGGCAAAGGGGAUACUGCGGGGAGUGGGUAUGGAGGUAGUCUAUAUGGGCGGUGGGGAGACGCGUACACCCGAGAGGGAAGCGGGGGCAGCGCUACGAUCGCGGCCGGAGGUCGUUGUCGGUCGUAGGAGUUGA